GGACUCUACUAAUCAUUAUCCUUUGUACUUUUGCAGAAUCUGUCGCCUUCAACACCAGGCACCGAUACACCUUUAUGUUUGAUACCACGGCCUGUUGGAGGCAUUACACAGGAGCAGCUGUCUGUAAUUUCACGUUUUGCGAUGGCCUCCGUUGGCUCACAGGGCACCGUAGGUGGACUUAUUGUGGCCGGUAUUAUGUUGAAGACAAUAGGUUGGAGAGUAUUACUAGGAGUCGGAGCUUUAUACGGUUGUAUAUACUUGUAUGAGCGCUUAUCUUGGACAAAUUCAGCGAAGGAACGCGCCUUUAAAUCACAAUAUGUGCGUCAUGCAACUAAAAAGUUAAAAAUGAUAGUCGAUCUAACGUCGGCAAAUUGCAGCCACCAAGUGCAACAGGAAUUAUCAAGUACCUUUGCUCGGUUGUGUCGUUUGGUUGAUAAUGCCACAACAGACAUGAACGAAGAACUAAAAAGCCUUGAAUCACAACUAGCAGUUCUUGAAUCGAAUCAAAAGCAGCUUAAACUGUUGCGCAACAAGGCUAACUAUAUUCAAAAUGAACUAGAUAUUUUCGAAAACAAUUACAUUAGGCAAAACUAAUUUUAAUUAAAAAAUGCAUGCGUUUAACGCAUUGAUGUAAGAUUGAUGGAGAAUAUGACUAUUAACAGAUUGGAAGUGGCGUAUAGUAAAAUUAACAAUUGUAAAGCAAAAAUAAUUCAACAAACACUUACACUGAUGUAAAAUUUCAUAGUUACUAUCAAAAGACCCAAUCGAAAGCAUUGGACAAGUUUUGUAUUUACUAAAAUGUGUCAAGCACUCCUCUUGUAGAUAAUGCUUAAUAUUGUCAUUAACAGAGUUGUAUGGUUACCCUUAUACUUUCAUAAAUCCAUAUUUGAAUUUUUGUGCAACUCCUAUGUAUUUGAUUAUGUUGCUCAUAUUUAUGUAUUUUACUUUAAUAAUUAUUUUUCUACUGUGACCCAGGGUCCGCAGCAUUUGGCAAUUUGGUAAUUUUGUUAUGACCGAUACUUCUUUAAAAAUAUAUUGUUUUUGUUAUGGCAAAACUCAAAGCAAAAAAAAAAAUCUUGU